ACGUUCUCACCGCCACCGCGUUUCGGCUGUGACUACUGGCCCGUUCGCUGAUAACUCGCGUAGAUAAUAUUAUUUUUUUUUCACUUCCAACAACGUAUAAUAUUGUAUUAUAUUAUAUUAUUAUUAUUACUAUUUAAAUAAUAAUAAAAUAUGUUAUUAUAAUAUUAUUUGCGCACAGUGAACUCGCACGCACGCACGCACUCACGCACGCACCGUGGCGAGCAGUCUUAUAAUAUUGUGUGUUAAUUAGGCAGUUGAUAUUACGUUAUACGCGUCGUACUUCGACAAGGAGGAGACGAGAAGGCAACGCGUCUGUUAACGAUAACGUACGUGAAUUACGCGCGCACGUAGUUGGUACGGCGUCGGACGAUCGACAUACAUAUUAAUAAAUUAUAAUCAAUAAAUAAUAAUUGGUUUUUUUUUCUCUCAGUUCUCUUGUUCUCGUGCGAUUUUCUGCUUUUACGUCUCAUCUUCCUCUCCGUCGAUCUCGUCUCAUCACGACGCGGCCCGGUGACAAUAAUAUGCGAUUGUUAUUGUUCUGCGCGCACGGCGUUCAGCGUUCUAAAAACGGUUCUCAACGAAAUGCGUAAACGACGGACUCGGCGCCAACAACAAGAAGACGACGACGACAACGACGACGAAGAAGAAGAAAACGACGACGAACACCGCCGCCGCCGCCACCAAGAAUACGUAUGACGACGGUCCCACUACCGACGACGUGUGUAGUUGUCCGUUUGCUUGGCCGGACAUUCGGUUACCGCAUCCACUGCUAUCCAUCUGGUAGCCGGUUGUCGUCAGAGCACCGUAGUUAACGACCCUCAGUCUAAACAUUUCAACGGCCGCUCACCUAAACUACUGCUCGAGUCAUUGGCGAUACUUGUCCGGCUACGGUCUUUAAUCCCCUACAAGUACUUGCGGUUUGCCAUUACUGAGGAACUUCACUUAGAAACGGGUAUAUGACAUAAUAUGAAAUGAAUAAAAUGGAGGACAGAAAAAGGACAAUUCUUUCUUCUGGAAAUUCCAACACAUCAUUAACUCCUGUUAAACUUCAGAAACUUAAAGAAAACGAUAAGAUAACUAAUGAAAAUGAUAAUGUUUGGAGUAUUUCAAAAGUAACUAGAGGAGCUAGUGCAAAGAGUUCAGGUUCAAAAACAGUGAUGAAACAUGCUUUACGACAACAGGCUAAACGAAGGCGUAAAAAUACUACUAUUGCGGCUGGAAAUGUAGCUCCUCUUCCAAGAAUUAUACUUCCCUCUAAUCAGAUAAACACCAUUGAAGAUGAAUCUAGAGUACCUACAAUGUUAGAAGUGUUAUCAUCUAUUCCAGGAUUUAGUUUGGUAAAACCACGUAAACGCCCUGGAUCUAAACGAUUGUCAGCUGCUGCUCAAUUGCAGCAAGCAAAGGCUGAAGGUUGUGUUGAUUUAGAAACUCCAGAUUCUAUUCUUGCACAAGUUAAUUUAAGAUCACUUUUGAAUAAACAAACUUUUUCAAUGCUACCCCGUCUCUAUCAACAUAAACUAGUACAAAUGUUACCACAUGUUGAUCGAGAAAGUUUAAGUGAUACUCAGUCUGAUUUCAGACCAUUAUUAAACUCAUCUGUUUUGAAUAAUGAGUUCUUUGCUCAAGCUUGUCUUGAAUGGACUGAUAGACUAUCAGAAGGGGAAUUUACACCUGAAAAUCAGCAAAAAAUGAAAAUGGAUAUUGAUCGUGAAAAAAGUAAACUAGAUCCAUUUAAAUUGAAGUAUUUUGAACCUAUUUGGGGUGAAAAUAGACUAUCAAAUUCAAAUGCUGCAGUUUCGGACUGGCGUAAUCCUAAGCAUAAAAAAACCGAAACUAUCACUGUUUCAGUAAACACACCACCUGUUAAUACUGUUACUAAGGAUGUAACAAUAAAUGCCAUAACAGCAAUAACAAAAGAGACCACAACAACGACAACUACAAUUACUACAACAACAGCAACAACCGCAACAAUAACACAACCAACCACAUGUUCAUCAUCUGAUGAUAUUAAAAGUGAAGAUAAAAAAUUAGAAUUACCAUGGGAUUCUGUUGAUUCCACUACAGAUUCUACAAUAAAACCAUUAAUAGAGGAUGUGGUUAUACCAAAAUGUGAAGACAUUGUAAUAGAUAUUCCAUUGAAAGAUGAAUCUAUAAGUGAUGUUGAUAAAAUUGAUGAUGUUAAUUUGGAUGAAACAUCAGUGAUUAAAAACUGGUCUUCAUUAAUGAAUGAUGAUCUGGAAACAUUAAUUCCAGAAUAUGAUUGUGUUUCUACAUCAAAAGUAAAAGAACAAAGUGAAAGUGAAGUCCAACUGGAGUUAGAAGAUGAUGUAAACUCAACAACUAAUCAAAUUCCGCCAAAUGAGCCAAAUGAUAAUAAUAUAAAUAUGAAUAUUAUUCAAGAACUUCCAAAAACCAUUUCUCCGCCUGUGGUGGUUCAAAUGCCUAAUGUCAUUCAGCCUCUUGUUAUUAGUUCUUCUAACAGUUCACCGUUACCCAGUACACCGUCUUUAUCGAUAUCUCCAUUACUUCAAUCUCCUCUAGAGUCAAAUAUGCCUAAUGAUUUUUCAUUCGUCAACACAAUAUCUAAUAUUUCUUCAGCUCCUUCUGAUCGUCCAGUUCACAAUACAUAUGUGUCAUCAAUCAAAUCACAAGUGAGUUCAAGUAGUAGUGGAUCAAGUAGAACUAGUGGUAGAUCAUCAUUGAAGCAACCACCCGGUGCUAUUAAUUUAGAAAGAAGUUACCAAAUAUGUCAAGCCGUUAUACAAAAUAGUCCUAAUCGUAAUCAACUUAGGUGUCAAUUGAAACCACCACCAGCAGUAUUAAUUGGCAAAAGCUCUAUUUUACGAAAUGGACCUAAACCAAUAAGGAACAUAAAUAUCACUAGCAGUUCACAACCUCUGGUUGUUAGACAUGUAUUUGCAUCUUCUCGUGGCAUUCCAGUAACAAUGUCUGUUGGACCGCCGUAUACAUCUGAUCAACAACAACUAACUGAAAAACAAAUGGGGCAGUAUUUGUUGGUCCAGAGGUCUGGUGGAAUAACAGGUAUACGCCGAUCAUCUAGUGCUCCACCGACCAAUAACAAAAUAGCGCCAAUUUUAAAUGGUGGAAGACCAGCAAGUGUAGGUAUACAAGUAUCUACCUAUGGUCAGUCACAGCAAACAAAUGAUUGUUCGUGUAGUCUUAAUGCUAUGGUAGUAUGUAAGAAAUGUGGAGCUUUUUGUCAUGAUGAUUGCAUUGGCCCAUCCAAACUUUGUGUUACGUGUCUUAUUCGAUAAUAAAGCUCAAAGUUUGAUACUAAAAAUAUUAUCAUAAAAUGUAACACAAACUAAAUUUUGAUCAGGUUUUUCAUACAUUUAUGAAGAUUUUAGCUGAAAAAUGAUUAUUUUUAUUGAUUGACGCAUUGCCUAUAUUUAAUUUGUUUUAUUUUUUCAUACCCUCAGUCCUAAUUAUAUUGUUAUAUAUAUGUAUAAGUUGAUCCUUUUAAAGCUAAAGUAUUGACAAACAUGAUCGAUAAAUACUAAUUCAUACCUUAUUUAAUUGUCCACUAUCAUUGACCAUAAAGAACCCCUAUUACACUAAAGCAAAUAUAAAUAAGAUUAAAAUUAAUUAUUUAUUUAUUAAAAUAAAUUUGGAAAAAAUUUUAAACAAAAUGUACAUAGAUUUUACUCCCACCCUAAAGAUAAUCAUGUGUACUUAUAAGGUAAUUUUUAAACAUCUGUUAUGUAUUUUUAAAG